CCAAAAAGCCCGGUUAAACCCUCCAUUGCUUCCCACCCACCCACCCACCCGCGCAAAGAAUCGCCAAGCCUUGCGCCGGGGAAGGAGGGGGAUAUGGACCUCGACGAUCUCGACGACCUUGGAAAUCAUGCUCCUGUUCCGACUCGGGCGACCAAGUUCGCUCCCAAGUCCUCCAAAGUAUCGCUCAAGCCUAAGUCGGAGCCACCUUUGAAGCCGAAAAUCGAGGAACCGGCGCCGGCGCCGGUGCUGGAGCCGCAGCGAGUCGGUGCUCCGAUUCCGAGUGAAAAGGACGAAGCGGGAGAAGGGGAUGAAGAAGGGAAGGAUUCGAAGCCGCCGGUCGGGGUUGCGACGGCGCCGGAGCCGUCUACAUCAAAUGGGACCACACCAAUGGAAGUGAACCGCAAGCCGGAGGCAGAAGCGGUGCCGAUGGACGAGGACGGCGUCGUGGACGAUGAGGUCGUGCGCGAGAUCGACGUCUACUUCAAUCCUUCCGUCGGUGCCAGCGCUCAGUUAUACGUUAUGCAGUAUCCGCUGAGACCGUCGUGGCGGCCGUACGAAAUAGACGAGCGUUGUGAGGAGGUCAGGGUGAAAUCGGGCGGUUCCGAAAUUGAAGUCGAUUUGUCCAUUAACGUUGACUCCAAGAAUUAUGACAGGGAAUGCAACAGCAGAUUAAUGAUGACAAAGCAGACUUUGUCAUCUUCAUGGAGGCCGCCCCUUGCAACUGGCUAUGCUGUUGGUGUUUUGAUGGACAACAAGCUGUACUUGAACCCUGUACAUGCAGUGGUACAGCUUCGACCGUCUAUGGAACAUCUUACUUCUGGUGCCUCAAAGAACUAUGUCAAGGGCGAAAAUGAAGUCAGUGUUAGAGCAGAAGAAUCGAGCGAAGUAAAAUCUGCUGGUUCAUCUAAGAAGCAGGCCAAAAAGACGGCAUCUUCUGCUGAACAAGUGACAGAUAAUGAUGAGCACUGGAUUCAAUUGGAGUACCAUAGCUCAAAGAGUGAUCUAUCAACCCAUUAUCUACAAGGAAUGAUGGCAGAAGAAAAUUCUCCUAUUCUUUUCACAAUGAAUCCGUGUGAUUAUGUUGAUUUAUUAUGUCCAGGAGUGCCCAAGCAGAACCUCAAAACAAAUGGUGCUUUGAGAAGGAUCCUAUUGUCAACUCCACCGGAUGAGAGAAUUAGGAUGAUGCUUUGUAAGGAACCUGAAGUGCAUCGUUACAGUGCUCUAAGGUACAACGUUCCUGAUGUUUCCGAUGAUGUCUUCCUGAGCGAAUUACAGCGUAAUGCUCUGUUGGUGCAAGGAUGUUGGGUUCCCAAGACUGCAUUGACAUUACAAAAACCGUCUAAUGAAUCCCUGGUUAAAGGUUAUCGCCUUGAUGUGUGGGCUAGAGAUUAUACCCUUCUUAUGUUCAGCAAGAGGCCUGUGGUUCACAUCACAGAACUACCUGUUAAGAAAAUACUUGCUGAUGCCAUUAAAAAGUUCCUGAUUGUCUUCGCCACUGAAAGGUCUUCCUUAGGUGAUUGGAAGUUUAAGCAGGGAACUGAUGUUUCAUUUAUGAAACAAUAUCCAGACAUUGUAAGCAAGCAAAAACAAAUCUGGGAGGGCAUUGAGACAGAAAUGAUGAAAUCCUUGAUGAAACUUCAGCAAGGCGACAGAAUUGGAAGAGGUCAAGAUGAUUCAAAGAAUGCUCAAAUCAAAGUUGCCAUGGCUAGUAGGCUAGAGAAACCUCCAAGUUCAGACAAAACAUCCAUGAAAGCUACAAGCAGAGUUGCCCCUGGCAGGAGAACUAUGUCAAAUGAAACUCUUGAGGCUUUGCCAAAGGCUUUGCUGAAAAUCUUUCAGAGUCACAAGGUUUGCGACUUUCAGUUUAUCUGUCAACGUUUGCGGAGUUCGGCACUUUCUCAGGCCACUCUUCCCAAAGCGGAUCCUAGAAUGGAAAAAGCUGCCGCACUUGGGGUUGAUGCCCCUCCAGAUGAACUUAAGAAAGUUAUCACACAAGUUGCAGUAAACAUUCACGAGCUUUAUGUUUUGAAGUCAUCCCCAGAGCACCCAGAACUUGAUCCAUUGAGGGAAGUUGUUAUUAACCUUCUGAUAGGUAAAGGACCCAAUGCGACACUUAAGAGGGCCGAAAUAUUUGAAGCUGCCAAGAUGGCUCUGAAGAGAGACAUUUCAAAUGCUGAAUAUACAAAGGUCAUGAAUGAUCUGUGUGAAUCCAAGGGUUCCUUCUGGUUUCUGAAAAGCAGCAACGUAUGAUUCACAUCAUCAGAACAAUCGAGUGACACAAGACAUGCUUCAGCGCCUGGCGGAGAGACCACACGGCAUAUCAAAAGUUACUGACAAGAGAAGGUGAAUUUACUUUGGGAUGAACCUUCAAAUAUAGAGAGCGAAGUAUCGCGAUAUUGACCUAGUGUUUUUUGGAGGCAAGAAGACAAACAACUUCGAUGGCCCUCUUGUCAUCACAUAUUCCGUGUUCUUGCUUUGCUUCGAAAGAGUGGGAGCGAAUUUUUCAUAACCCAACCAUGAGCGAUAUAGUGUUCGAGCACAAGCAGCGGAGAAUAACUCAAUUUCUGGUAAUAUCAAUGAAGGGAGGACAUGAAACCAGACCUACUGCGAUGACUUUAAGAAUUGCUUGC